UCUUUUUAAGCCCCCACCCCCAACUAGAAAGAGAGCUAUAGCUCUUCCUUUCCAUCGACCGCCACAGUCACAGUCACAGAUCUAAACCCUAACUCUCUGGUCGAUACCAUGCCUUCCGUGACCACUGAGACUAAGAUAGGGGUCUUCUGGGACGUAGAGGAUUGCAAACUCCCUGAUGGUCUCCAGCCUCAUACGGUAUCUAGGAAUAUCAAAUCAGCUCUACAGAGACAGGGUUAUGGUGUUAACAAUGUGUCAAUCAGAGCUUAUGGUGAGAAGCAGAACAAGUCCAAGGAUGAGUUUCUCCACGAUGAUAUCAUGUUCUUACCCGCUGGAGAUGCAAGUGCGAGAUGUAAAAGGAUGGUGGCUGAUAUUGAUUCAUGGGCUUUGAACAAUCCUGACUCUAAUUUGAUGCUGAUCUGUCGAUGCAACAUGGAUUUCGCCACUUAUCUCAAAGAUUUGAAAGCUAGAGACUUUCACAUUCUAGGAGCAAAGCCAGAGAACGCACCGCCAAAUUGCAGCGACUGCAGAAUCACUUUGGACGAGCUUUUCACUCAAGCAUGAAUUUGGGAAAGCCUAUCAUCAGAUGGAGGAGGAGACCCUAUCGCCAGAGCUUAGUCAUUUUGGAAACUAACUAACUAGACUUUUUUUUUUUUACCUAUGCCUUUUGUUUAAGUUGUUAGUUAUUGGAAAUGUUUAAUCUCGUUUGUGUAUUCUCUCCCCUAGGUAAGAAAACCAUUAAGUUUGAAGUCAACAUAUAUAGGUUGAACAGAGUCUAUGCUUGACCAAAGAGAUUUGUGUUUGUGUCUCAGUUUGAACAGAGUCUAUGGCUAUGCUUUCUAAGUUUCUAUGCAUAAAGAGCCACCUUUCAUUCUU